ACACACAGCUCUGCGGCUCUGCUUAGACACCCAGGGGUGGGGUUACAGACACACUCCUUUGAGCAGAAGGCGAUAUUCACUUAGACAGCGACCUCUACAAAACUCUGACUCUUCAGGUAUGCUGCAUUAAGCUUGAGGAACAGGAACAGCUCACAUUCUGCUCACUGGACAGUGAGAAACUCAACCUCAGGGAGGUGGAUAACACCUUUACCUCCAUUACUCUUUACUCUCUACAUAUAUACAUCAACACAUCAGCAGGUCUUCACAGAUAUCAAAUCACUCAGGAACAUCAUAAAGAUCAGCAUCAAUCAGUCCGACACCUGCAUGGCUAACUAACGGAGAGGUCUUCACUCUGACUAGAAAUUUCAGAAUUAGAACGUACCGUCCUUCAAGUGACUUUUUUUUUACAUCGUAACCCCAUUCUGAAAAUCAUGAAUCUCUCACUGGACAACCCUUACGGUGACGUCAGCAUUCCCCGAGCCAAGCUGCGCUCGUAUGACGACUCCAGCACGGUCAUCAUCAACCCCAUGACGCUGGAGAGCUCAUACAACGGGAACGCUUCCCAAAACCCGUAUGGCAGUUUCAAUGUCCAGGGAGGGGACGCUCCGUCCGGCGUGCCUGUCUACGGACAGGUUAAAGACAACAAGCUGAACGGCACCUACACCGUAAAGGAGGACGAGGAGCAGGUGAGCCGCUGCUACGCUUGUUGCUGCCGCUGUCGCAGGAAGAAGUGAGAGUCUUUGGAGGAAAUCAUGGACUUUGAUUUGCAUUCAAAAAAGUAAUGGAGUAUGAAUUGCCUUCUAAACUGGAGCUGCUAGUUGAAUUACUGACAAUCAAGAAUGUGCGUCUUCCCAAGACCCCACUGAAAAGUGGAUAUUUGAUAAAGACUGCAUUAGUAAUUAUAAAGAUGGUUUAGGGUUGCAAACAGAACAGUGUUAACGCUAUAUGAUGUAUAUUUGAGCUGAAAUUGGUCUUAGCAUUGAACUUCUCAGUGUGCCUGAUGCCUUUGCUCUGUACUGAAGAAGUAUGAUUGCAUCUCUACAGUAAUUUAUUUUCAUCCCCUCUUAGUAAGGUCAUUCUGCCUCUUUGAUCAGUCUCAACAUGCUUGAUUACGAGCAGUAUUGGAAUUCAUAGCCUUCGUUACGCUAUUCAGGUUUGUGCUCGGGGAUCCCUCAAGGCACGACUCUGAGACCACUCUUCUUGAUUUUUGGGACUCUGUGCUUCUUUGUAUACUGGAGGAGGAAUAAGACUAAGUUUCAGGUGAACCACACCAUGCUAGAGAGUGCAAAUUUUCACCCAGUCCCACCCACGUGCUGGGAUAAAUACUGGGAGAUCCAGCAAUGCAUUUCUGGUUCGGGAUAGUGAUCGGGAAUGCACACAACUCCUCGCUCCAUCCACUUGAAACUGGAAAUCAAAGAAAUGCUCAGAAUCUUGAAUAUUUAGGAUUCAAGAUUCAGCAUCAUUUCUACGUCACUAUUUAAAUUUAAGCAAAUUUGUGACAUUGAGCAUGAAAAAUCCUUUGUACAAAAGGUCAGAUUUUCCCUUCCCUUCAGUCUUAUCCCUUCCACAGAAGCACACGUUUAGGUGACACUGCAAUGGGUUUGAUGUAACGCAGAUCAUCAUGUUUUACGCAAAAGUGGGAAAUUCUGAAAUUCAUGCAAAUAUUUAUAAGAUUCUACUUUUGACUCAAAGUUGUUGCGGAAAAUAUUAUUUGAAAUGUAUAAAAUUAGAAAAGAAUGCAAAAAGGAAAACAUUUGCACUAGUGCUCUCAGACACUGUAUGUUAAUGUAAAACAUUGUUAAGGUCUCAUGUCAAGGAAGAAGGAUGGCAAAUAUUUUGAGUCGACUCGACGUUCACAGGAAAUAACAAAUAACAGAUGCAGUAGAGACAUCCUAGGAAUAAAUAUAUUUAUGUGAAAGCGACGAAACUAUUUUUUUUUUUCAUUCCUAUUGAAUGAACACCACCACUAUCAUCAAUUUUUCAGUUCCAGCCAUGUUUACGAUUUAGACAAUAUGUUGCUACGGAAGUAGGGGUAGUUUUUAAAUUCAACACCUAGUUACAACUGCUGGGAAAUCAUGCAUACACCUGCUUUCCACCUGCGUUAGUCUGCAGAGAAAGAAAAGCAACAUUAAAACAAGAGCUGUGGCCUCUCUUUUUUUUUUUAAUAGAUCGAAUGAAGGAUGUUCAGUGUAAAUGUGUUUAUAAUCAUGGGGGAGUGUCUUUACAAUUAAUUAUUAGCCUAUUACAUUAGUAGGCCAGCUAUGUUUGAAGCUACUAUCCCAAUUUUCUCCAAAAAUGCAUUUUUUUUUGUUGUGAUAUGAAGUUAGAUACACAUAUAAUUUGUGGAAUGUCUUAAAUAUGUAUUAAUAAGUAUAAAAUGACAACAUGUUACAUUUGAAAAUAUUUUUAAAACUGUGGAUCCACGUGUAUUAAAGGUACAACUGUUGAACCAGGA